GACGCGCCGAUCCCGUCCGUAAAUAGACUCGAGUCAAAGCCUCACUUGACUCCUGCCCCAGCCGCCAAACAAAAACCUUAUAAAACGGCUCGACAUCCCGAUCUCCACCACCUCAACCAGAAUCACCUCCUCUCCAGAAUUAUAUACCAAAACAAAUGCGCGACAAAUUCAAACCCAUAGUCGGCUGCAUGGCCCUCGUCGGCACCAUCAGCGCCUUCUUCCUCCUCUCCGACUUUUCCGAACCGGGGCGAUGGACCUACACCCGUUCGCACACCCCGCCACCGGUGCCAGUCGUCGGCAACUCGCAGGCCAAAGCCGUCGUAACGUCUCCGGUGGCUGCAGGCAAUGAUAGCAAUGUGGAUGCGUAUGUGAAAUGUUUGACGGACGUGAAGGGGAAUAGGGAUAUGUAUGAUGUGGAGAAGUGUAUCAGUGAUAUCCGACAUGGAGAGCAGCUCCGCCUCAUGGACAAGAUCCUCGAGCUCCCGCGGGAUAAGCUGAGCCGGUACACGGGAACGGGCGCCUACGCCUACGUGUCGAGGUGGAAGAUAUUUGAUCUGUUCAAGCCAGUGUAUGAGUGUAAUGCGUUGGAUUUGUUGAGGAUUGGGGCGCCGUCGAAGGUUUCUGAUACUGGGAAGUGGUUGUGCUCCGACAAGCUCACCUUCGGCAAAGACAACAAAUGCGUCAUAUACUCCCUCGGCUCCAACAACCAAUUCGAUUUCGAACAAGAGAUGAAACGCCUCUUUCCCAAAUGCACCAUCCACACCUUCGACUGCACGGGCGACUGGAAGGAUCCCUCAACGACCUACCAUAAAUGGUGCAUUGGCGCUAAAGAUGAAGUGGACAGCCUCGGCCGGCAGUUCAAGCGCGUGUCGACGAUUAGCAAGGAGUUGGGGGUUGAGACCGUGAGCCUUUUGAAGAUGGAUAUCGAAAACUUCGAAUGGGGUUUCUUCCUCGACCUUCUCAACGAGCCCGCCGAAGACCGCCCGAAACAGGUCCUCGUCGAGUUCCACGGCGGCAUGCCGAUCGACAAGGUGCCCGUGCCAUGGAAGAUUGCGCCAAGUUUCUUUGAGGGGUGGAACGAUAACUGGGCGAUCCCGGUCGCGAGGAUGGUUAAGUUGUUUGGACAGUUGGGGUAUCGGAUUGCGUUCCAGGAGAGGAACCGAUGGGGAGAUUUCGCAACGGAGAUCAUCCUCCUCCACGAGACCGCGCUGUAGGUCUCGAGGCGUUACACCUCACGCUUCAACAACCGGACGGCCUAUUACGUCGACUUCCGACAUUCAUACAAGUAUCGGGCGGGAGCGUUUCCGGCUGCCGUCUCGGCGUAAUGUAACACCAUUAGGACAUGGCCAGCAUAGUUAUCAUAGAGACACAAUACCUUCUAGUGGAGGCGAUGGAGGCCGAUGGGCUCACUGAGCGUAAGAGCGAUGGAUACUGGUUUAAUCACGUAUUGUAGCAGUGGUUGUAUGGCGAGCACUCGUAGACGCCGAUAGGGCUUGCGAAUCAGGAUGGAAUCGCUGUGCUCAUGGUUACGGCAUGGGAGGAUGCAAAUCCAUGCGUUCAAAUAGAGACUUUUACCCGCAUUUUGGGAUGUUCGAUGUCUGUUUGGUUUUCAGUACUUGGACCCUUCGUUGCCCCGAUGAAUGGAAC